AUGGAUUCGGCACGCGCCUCAAAGCCCGAGGAGGAGGUGGCCGCUUACCAGAGCGGCGAGGCCAAGCAGGCGAGGCUGCAGUCCAUGCUCGCGGCGCUCCUCGAUGACCCCAUUCUGGCCGGCGUCCCGAGGAAGCCCUCGCUGGCGGAUGUGGACACGCUCAUCAACCUCGAGCUCGGUAGCGCCAUGAGGGUGACCAUCGUCAAGCUGGACAACACCUCUGAUACGGAUGUCGCGGUGUUGAACACUGCUACGCUCAAGGAUUUGAAGCUGGCUAUCAGGAAGUGAUAGUCAGAUUUAUUUGUUUGAAACUGUGGAAGGAUGAAUUCUGACAUCCAUGUCAUCUAAUUCAUUCAUGCUGACAUGUGUUGAUCUAAUUAGUUGACAUCCUUCGAAAUGCUGCCGAUUUGUCUUUGCUAUUUAAUAUAUCCUAUGAUGGGCACUAAGGCACUGUUGAUCCACCAAAAUUUUCUUAGUUUAGAUGGGUGUGAUUAUCUAAAUAGGCUGAGGGUCACAAGAUGUAUGGUAUUAACCUGAAUUCUUAGUAGGCUCAAGAUGUUGAGAAUCCUAGCUGAAGUCGUGUUUUAGUUUGACUUUGCACUGUGUAUUGAAUAGCUGAAUCUGUGUACAUAAGGUUAUUCAAGCCUGCUUGAAUUAGAUUCCAAGCUGGAGCUUAUUCUAAUUUUUAGUUCGAUUUUGCAC